AUGUUUCUUUUCUACUCGGGUCAGCAACAGCAGCAGCAUCAACAACAAAGCUUCUUUAUUAUAAUUUCAGCUACACCCCAAUCUAUUAAAAAUACAACUACGAAACAAAUUGGACAAACAUCACUUGGUAAAAGUAUUCGAAAAUACAAUGAAUAUGAACCGACUACUUGUAAUAUUACAGCUAGUAGUAUGAUAACUAUAGAAUCACCAAUGGAAUGUGAUCAUUACAACGAUCAGGUAUAUUGGUACGACGAUUGGGGACCAAAUUAUUUUUUCGAUGAUGUAUCUGAUGGUCCUCCAACUGAAUACCAAGAUCAAAAUAAUGCAUCUUCAGGUGGUCCCCCACCACCUCCACCUAUUAUACCACCUUCACUUCUUAAUCAUUCUACAUCAAAUGAUACUCUAUCUUCAUCAUCAUCAUCCUCAUUGGAACCACUUUCAUCUUCUUCAUCUUCAUCAUCUUCAUCUUCUUCAUCUUCAUCUUCAUCUUCACCAACUGUAUAUUCAUGUCAUCAAGGACUUUUUAAUAUUAGUUUUUCAGUACCAGAUGAUGUAUUGGAUGUUAAUAACGAUGGUAUAAUCGAUGGCCAUCGAUUGAUCAUUACAACUUCACCUGGAUUGGUGUCUAGUGAUACAGCAUGGGUUUCAGAAUACGUUACCAAAUACAAGGAUGGAUCGAUUUCGAGUUGUUACUAUGAAGAUAAUGCACCCAAUAGAGUGAUCAUAUUUCGAAUUCCUCCCUAUGAUAAAGUAGCAUUCAACAUUACAUUGGUUUGUGGAAUCAUAUCAACGGUUGCACUCAUCGUUAUGCUUUUGGUUUAUGUUAGAAUACGACAAAUUCAAAAAGAAGAAGAUUAUAAUAUUUGUACAGUUCCAAGUCAAUCAUCAUCUACAUUGACUUCUUCUUCUUCUUAUUCUUCUUCUUCGCAACAACCUCCAACUAAAAUGGUUGAUUUAAGAAAUUAUCCAUAUCCUCAUCAAUAUUCCAUCAACAAUAAUAAUAAUAAUCUCGAUCCUCCUCCCUAUCCAUCAAAUACAUCAACUACUAAUAAUAAUAACAAUAAUAUAAUACCAUCUUCAUCAUUAAAUAUUGCACACUCUUCUAUUGAUAUUAAUACAAUUUCAACUGCCGACUCAUCUUCAAACUCUUCAACGUCGUCGUCGUCAAACUCCCCCUAA